GACUUUGCUACUCGCCAACUCAUAAAAAUGAUAAGCGAUUCAAAAGAAAACAUUACAUUACUAGGACUUAUGGAUAAUGAUCCAUAUGGGAUACAUAUAAUCAAAGUGUAUAAACAUGGCUCUUUGUCUGUCUUCAGAAACUUAUUAUCAAAUAAGAUUUUUGAAAGAUUGGGGCCAAUUAUUAUGAUCACAGGAAAAGGCUAUCCAGACUUUGCUACUCACCAACCCAUAAAAAUGAUAAGUGAUUCAAAAGAAAACAUUACAUUACUAGGACUUAUGGAUAAUGAUCCAUAUG